GUGAACACUGGAAAUUGAGGUGAUCACUUGUGAACUGCGUUAAACCACCGACAUGGCGCUGACUAAAUUAAUGAGUGCGAUCCUCACCAGAGCGCUGUUUAUUUUAGUUGCUGUCAUCGGAGUGUUGAGGGUGGCAUCGGUUAAGAAGGAUAACAAUUACUUGUUUCUGGCUUUUCUUUUGUUGCCGCUUGUUGUUGAAAUGAUAGUAACACUGAAGAUGCGAAAAGGACAGGAUUAUAAAUGGUUUUCCCCUCCUAUCUUUCUGUUCCUCAUUACUAUUAUUCCCUCGAUCUGGAGGUUGUCCACCGUCUGCGCAAAUGACUGGAUCCUGGCUCUUCACCAGAUCGUGCUCAUCCUCCUCAUUGUGGGGAAGUGGCUCCUGCCUUUGGGAGGCGGGGUCACAAAAGAUGAGUUGUCUCAGCUUCUUCUAACUUUUGUUGGCACUGCAGCGGACAUCCUGGAAUUUACUAGUGAGACGCUGUCAGAUGUAAAAGAAAAAAAUCCUGCCAUGGUUUAUGUCAUCUUAGCUGUAUGGACCUGGAGUAUGUUGCAGUUUCCACUACAUCUAGCAGUGGUGAACACCAAAUCUGAUGAAGAGAAUGGCGGAGAAGAUCAAGUUGUCCGGGAAAACUUCUUUAUUAAACACAGCACUGAUAUUUGGAGUAUAAUAGAGACCCUCUUUAUCCAGGAUGGGCCUUUUCUGUUGGUCAGGCUGACUGUCAUUAUUCACUUCAGAGUCCUCCACCAGAUGCUUGGUUUCUUUGCCAUCAAGAACGGCCUAGUGAUCACACUGAGCUUGUACAGGUUGGCCAUUAUAUUGCUCGACUACAGACAUCCCAUGGGCAACAAUGCAGAGACAGUGCCGAUGCAUGAGUCAGAUGACAGACGUUCCAGCCACAGCAGCACUGAGGCAAUAGCGAUCCAUGAGUUAGAUGAGCUAUGCGACAGACCCUCCAGCCACAACAGUGCAGAAGCAGUGUCGACCCAUGAGUUGGAUGACAGACGUUCCAGCCACAACAGUGAAGAGGCAGUGCUGACCGAUGAGUUAGCUCUGGUAGAUAAAGAGGAAUCUUAGAGUGAGAUGUAUUACGCUAAACAUUUAAAACCUUUUAAAGUCAAAUGGCAAAAACUAUCACUGAAGCAGGAAAAGAAGGAAACACUACACAAUGCUUUGACGCAGUUACAAAGUCAGAGUGACUAAAGUCAGACUGUCAGAUAAGAAGUUAGUCGACUUCUAACAGUGUGAUAACUGAUGUCUGGCUGACAGGAAUUGAGGGCAACAAACGAGGGUGAAAGCGAGAUGAUGAGAUAUUUUUGCAUGUUGAGUGAGAUCGAGAGGAAGAUAAUAACAGACAGAAAUUUUCCUGUUUUAACCCAAACAGGAAAUUGAAAGUCAUGCAAAAUCCCCUCUAGUGGUAGUCAGUAGGUGCUUUGUUCAUUUAAGAUGAUUUCUCUUUACAAAAUAAGGAAUAUGCUGUUUACAAAUCAAAAAGUUUUGUUACCUCAGUAGUUACAUUAAAUCAAUGUGAUAUCUGUGGCUAAAACAGGUGGAUCAUUGUCCACUUGUAAAUUUUUUAAAACUAAAGAUAAAAUUGCACUCAGGUGAU